AUGUCGACUGGUGCUGCUGCAGCACCGAGUGCGCCUCCAAAGAUCGGCCAGACAUCCUUCCAGAUUGCCAUUGGUUUCCUGCUCGGCAUAGCAUUGAUCGUAGCAACUGGCAGAACAGUCAUCCGCGCCCGCACAUACAAGUCUCGUGGCUUCACUGUCGAUGAUGGCUUCUUCCUGCUCGCCGUAAUCACCUUCCUGGCCGGCACCGUGAUGACCUACGUCGACGUACCACACUUCUACUCAGAGGAACUUGUGGAAGCCGGCUUGGAAUCUGCCCCUGCAAACUUCAUCUCGUCCCUCAUAUUGGGCGAGAAGCUGGAGGACGCUGUCACGUCGCUCCUGGGAGUUGCCAUUGUCAGCGUCAAGUUCUCCUUCUUGUUCUUUUUCCGAGCCCUUCUCCGGCAGCAAAAGAAGAUGAUGGUCUGGUGGUGGUGCAUCUUUGCCAUACUCAUUCCUACUGCUUUCGUCAUGAUCUUUGCUAUCUUCAUCGUGUGUGCCUACUGGAACCAGGAAAUCUUCGUCAAAUGCGUGACACCAGCGGCUCAUCAGAGGCAGAAUGGUGUGCUCAAAGCCAUCACAAUCCUGGACAUUGUUACGGACGCUUUCCUCAUCUCAGUCCCAGUCCUCCUCCUCUGGAAUGUUCGAAUCAGCAUCCGCCGUAAACUCGCCCUGUGCGGCAUUCUCUGUCUCAGUGUCUGCACAAUGAUCGUCUCCAUCAUCAAGGUCGCUGGCGCAAACACCAGCACUGGCGGAGUCGACUCCUCAUGGGUUCUACUGUGGUACGAGAUAGAAGCUGCCGUUGCGAUUAUCGUGGUAUCUUUUACAGCAUUCAGAGCCCUGUUCGUCGCACACCAAGCACUGAAGUACCGGACCCCGGCUGAGGACACCUCUACGUCGUGGAACUUAUGGAGAAGGAAUACUAAGGGCUCGAGAAGUAAGGAGCUGCCAGAGAUACCGUCGCAGGUGCUGGGGGGUGUGAGGACGCACAUACGGCGAUCUCGGUACGGCGAAGGAAGCUUUGAUAACCGAGGGGACGAUAUAGAACUGCCAUUGCAUGGGCCGGGUAUCAUAGUGACGCAGAGAAUCCAUUCCGAGAAGACACCCCGCCAGCCAACCACGAGACCUUCCGCCGAGUCUUUUGUGUGA